UUUGACAUUUGCAUCAGAAGAGCAGUAGAGGAAUUUCGUUCAACCACCAUAUUUUAAAAACAAUUUCAUUUUAAAGCAACGCAACGGCGUCUUUUACGCGCGUUCAAAUAAAUUUGAUUAAAUUGUAUUAAUUACCAGUCGAUAAAAUGUCUAAUGUCUCCACGAAAAAGAUCUUCAUUCAAAUUGAAUCCGCAGCCGAACAACAGGAGAAUUUAAAGAAUCAGCGCAAGACCUUUAAGGUGCUGCAGCCAGGUGGAAUCGCCAGUGACAAAGAAAACUUGGCUGGGCGCCCACAAAUUGACAAACUGAGCCGCCUCAAAGCCGCUACUGAGGCCUCUUUGGCUUCCACAGAUUUACCAAAACGCAAAAAGGUUGAGACGCGUGCUUCGGAAACUCAGACUAGCCCACAAAAAAAUGUCAGCGGCGCAGAAAAAACUACAAUAACAGGUGAAGACCUUACUAGCGAAGAGAACCCCGGUGAGCUAUAUUGGGAACAUUUAGCAGAGAAACGGCGUGAAGCUUUAGAAGAGACGCUCAAAGAAAAUCAACAUUUGCAUGAACGAAUUGAGGGAUUAGAGGCAGAAUUGGAUACAUCUCGUCAAAUGUUGGAGGAGGCGCGUAAUUUGGUCGAAGUAUUGACGGAGAUGUUAAAUGAGAAUGAGGCUGAACGUGAAAUUGAAAGUGACGGUGGUGUUGUAGGCGGUGAUGAACAUGGGGGAACUGCCGGCAAUAUACUAGCUGAUGAUGACAACAGCAAUGCAUCCAAAUCCAGUGCCGAAGCACCAUUACCCAGUGCAGAGCAUGAUAGAUUGGAACACUCUCGCACACCUUAAACAAGUACAAUCUACAGGAGAAGGCUGUAUGUUUAGCUUUACUUUAUUAGCUCAAUUGGAGUCGUCUCGCUCAACGUACUAAUUUACAAGUUUAUUACUUUAUAACUAUAUUACCUUAAAUACUUUAGUUUAUUUAAACAUUUUCUAUUAAUAAUUUUACCCGACAAGUACGCACCAAAGCAAAACGACGGGAUGCCGCUGCCCAGUAUCGGUGCUCUAGUGCAGUACAAAAUAGUUAUUAAUUCUCACAUUUAUUACAACUUUUUUAUUUGUAAUUAAAACCCAAACGUUCAACUGUUUAAAUAAUUGAUUUUUA